AUGGCAGCGCCGGUUCCCUCCGACGAGGCCCCCCAGCCGAGCCCGCCGCUGGCGCCUGGCAACGGGGGCUACGCCGAACGGUUCCCCGAAUUUUGUUUACACGCUUCGGGAAGCCAGCACGACGUCGACGCCGCCUGCCAAAGCAACGACUCCUCCCCCACCACCGGCAAAUACGACGACAACGACGACGACGACGACGACUACGACCCGUACCGCCACACAAUCUCUCCCUCGCCCUCGCCCUCCCUCUCGCCCUCUCCCCCUGCGUCCAAAUCGUCCCGCUCGCCCACAGAAUCUAGCAUCUCCACGUCGGCCACGAGCGUCGUCGACGUCGAGUGCGGAGGGGACCCGCGGCCGCCAUCAACGCCGACGAGCGAGAGCGCGACCCUGCCCACGUUUGACUCGACACCGCCGCGACCUUUGGUCCAGCGCAGCAGGCGAGACAAGAAGGAGCUGCAAGCGGCCAGGCUCCAGCGUUCGGAGGUUGCGACGAGGUCGCCGCCGUCGCCGAGCUCCAAGGGCGAAGUCGACGUGACCAGCAGAGGCUCCCGACCGCGGUGGCGUCGAAGCAGACGAGCAAACGGGAGCAGCAUCGGCGGCAACGGCAGCGGCGGCAGCAGAAGCAAGACGCCCGCCGGCGCACGCAACGCCGAGCAAGGACUCACGAGGAUGACCUUUACCGAGCAGCAGCGGUGGAUCACCGUCCAGCAGAAGACGUUUACCAAAUGGCUCAACACGAAAAUCGAGGCCCGGGAACUUGAGGUCAAGGACCUCGUUGCCGACCUCAGCGAUGGUGUCAUCCUCAUCCAUCUGCUCGAAUGCCUCUCGGGCGAAUCCCUGGGCCGCUACGCGUCGAAGCCCAAGCUGCGGGUGCAGAGGUUCGAGAACGCGAACCUCGCGCUCGACUUCAUCACCUCGAGGGGCAUCCAGAUGACCAACAUCGGCGCCGAGGACGUCGUCGACGGCAACCGCAAGAUCGUCCUCGGCCUCAUCUGGACCCUCAUCCUCCGCUUCACCAUCAGCGACAUCAACGAGGAGGGCAUGUCGGCCAAGGAGGGCCUGCUCCUCUGGUGCCAGAGGAAGACGGCCUGCUACGACGAGGUCGAGGUGCGCGACUUCAGCGCCAGCUGGAACGACGGCCUCGCCUUCUGCGCCCUCCUCGACAUCCACCGGCCCGACCUCAUCGACUUUGACGCGCUCGACAAGUCGGACCACCGCGGCAACAUGCAGCUCGCCUUCGAGAUCGCCCACCGCGAGAUCGGCAUCCCGAAGCUGCUCGACGUCGAGGACGUCUGCGACGUGCCCAAGCCCGACGAGCGGAGUCUCAUGACGUACAUCGCCUACUGGUUCCACGCCUUCAGCCAGAUGGAAAAGGUGGAGAACGCAGGGCGGCGGGUCGAGAAGUUUGUCAACAACAUGCAGGGCGCCUGGGAGAUGCAGAGCGCCUACGAGCGCCGCAUGCGCGCCCUCCUCGGCGCGACGCGGGAGCAGGUCGAGCAGUGGCGGCGGGCGACGUUCGAGGGGACCUACGCCGACGCCAAGGCGCAGGCGACCGAGUUCUCGGCCUACAAGCGGGGCCGGAAACGGGACUGGGUGGCGGAGAAGAGCGACCUCGCGACGCUGCUCGGCAACAUCAAGACCAAGCUGGGCACGUACCGGCUGCGGCCGUACGAGCCGCCGGCCGACGUGCGGCUCGACGUGCUCGAGGAGGAGUGGGCGACGCUGGCCAAGGCGGAGAUGACGCGCGCCCAGGUCGUCAACGAGACGAUUCGAGACAUCAAGAACGCGCUGAGGAGGUCGUUUGCCGACAAGGCCAACGACUUCGCCAUGGCCCUCAACACGAUGCAGCUCGCCAUCUCGGGCCUCGACGGCGACGUCGAGGACCAGCUGCUGCACGUCCGGAAGCUCAGCGACAACCUCGCGCCGCUCGAUCGCUACCUCGAGACCAUCGCCGCCGUGGACGAGAAGUGCGAGGAGGCCAACAUCGAGGAGAACGACUUCACGACGUACACGUACGACGAGCUGCUGUACGAGCUCGGCCUCGUCAAGUCGUCGGUCCAGAAGAAGCUCUCCUUCCUCGAGAACCAGAUGGUGGCCCGGAGCAUGACGAACCUGACGCCCAUCCAGCUUGAGGAGUUUGAGAGCGUCUUCCGCCACUUUGACCGCGACGACACCAACUCGCUGCAGGAGCUCGAGUUCAGCGCCGCGCUCGCCUCCCUCGGCCUCGUCUUCUCCGAGGACGAGAUGCACGAGUACUUUGUCGAGUCGUCCGACGGGCGCGACCACGUCACGUUUGAGCAGUUCAUCCGCUUCAUGGUGGACGUGACCGAGGACCAGAACACGGCCGAGCAGGUCUUCCAGUCCUUCCGCGAGGUGGCCGACGGGAAGCCGUACGUGACGGAGAUGGACCUGCGCCACAGCCUCGUGCCGGACGAGGUCAUCGACCAGCUCGUCGAGAUGAUGCCGGCCCACCACGGGCCCGACAUGUCCGAGGACCGCGGCCGGCCGCAGUACGACUACAUAUCCUUCAUGGACAAGCUCAUCGACGAACCGCCGGCCGCCGACGACGAGGUGCCCGGGGGCGUGCUGCGGGACAGGAUCAACGUCGGCAGCGCGGGCCCGCCAAAGGGGGAAAGGAAAAAGGCCGGUGUUGCAUGA